AUGGCCAGCGAGCAUAAAUUCUUGCCAAACCCUAAGACUGCUGCUAUCGUUGGAUGCCCGUUCAGAGGUGGCCAGGCAAAACUAGGUGUCGACCAAGGCCCCAUCCACCUUGUCAAUGCCGGGUUAAUCGAGCAACUCAAGUCACUCGGUUGGACGGUCAAGUUUGACGGGCAUCACCAAUUCGAGGAGGUUAACGCUCAGCAGGAUCCUCCAAUUGGGAUCUUGAAGAAUCCGCGGCUUGUCUCGAGAGUCUCGAAGGCGGUUGCAGAUGUCGUUGGUACGCAUGCAGGCCGGGGGGAGCUGCCUGUAACGAUUGGCGGGGAUCAUUCUUUGGCUAUGGGCACAAUUUCUGGGACACUGAAGUACGUCGCAUUAAAGAAGUUCUGCGUUGAUCACGCUAACGAUGCAUGCGUUAUCUUAUAUCUUAUCUUUCUAUAUCCAAACAGCAAAUAUCCCGACGCGUGCGUAAUCUGGGUUGAUGCACACGCAGAUAUCAAUACGGUCGACACAACUGAAUCAGGCAACAUCCACGGCAUGCCCGUCUCCUUCCUCCUCGGGCUCAACAAGCCCGCAGUAGCAGAAUACUCCUGGAUAGAACCGCGCCUCACGCCGGACAGGAUCGUAUACAUCGGCCUACGCGACGUCGACGCCGGCGAGAAGCGUAUACUCCGUGAAAACGGUAUCAAAGCUUUCUCAAUGCACGAGGUCGACAAGUACGGGAUUGGUGCCGUCGUUGAGAAGGCGCUUGACCACGUGAACCCGGAUCGUAAGCGUCCCAUCCAUUUGUCCUUUGAUGUGGAUGCGCUGGAUCCGAGUGUUGCGCCGUCGACGGGUACGCCGGUCCGUGGAGGCCUUACCUUCCGUGAAGGCCACUACAUCUGCGAAGCCGUUCACGAAACGGGUCUCCUCGUCGCCUUCGAUAUCAUGGAAGUCAACCCUUCCCUCGCAGACGUCGAAUCCGCGAAGGCUACUGUUGCUGUUGGUUGCUCACUUGUUCGGUCCGCGCUUGGCGAGACCUUGUUGUAG